CAGCGGUUUGAUUCUUGGUCACCAUCUGAACCCAAUCCUCACCUUCCUCUCCUUGUUUGGUUCCACUUAAUUCAAUCCCAUCGUCUUCCGUUUCUGUUGUUCCAUCCCUUUAUUUCCCCCCCUCGGGGCUCACCCUCUGCCUUUGUAUUCGUUUCCCAUGUCAGCUUCGACACAUUCCCAUCAAGCUUCAGCUCUGUAUCUCUUGAUAUAGGCUUCAAAUUUGCCACUAAUUCUUUGCAAAAUUGAAGCUUUUUGAGAAUUAUGGAAGAGGGGUGGUUUAGUUGUUGCAAAAGUAGCAUCAAGCUUUCAACAGACACCAAAUUCAUUGUCAAUCAUGAUUGAAGUUUACGCGUGGUGCUUCAUCAAUUCAAGAAAUGGUCCUUUAUAGAUUUAGGACACUGAAAUUUUAGGUGUGUGAAAAUUUUCGUGUGUAUAGAUUUGCAGUUUGAAGCCUGAAUUGGUACUGGUAGCCUGGAAAAAGGUUAGCUGUCAGCUUAGCAAUGAAUACUCGGUACUUCUUUACACCUGAGUUGGUUUGUAACUCUGGCUUUGCGGAUGCAAUUUCAUCAAUUUCUCCACUAGGAGAUGAUCAUAGAAUGGUUGUGAGCGCACGAAGUCGGCCAUCUUCUCGCGUUCCUCCGUCAUCAUUCUUAAUAAGAAUGGCAAUGAAAAUCUCAAGAUCAAGAUGGUUUAGCUUUUUAAGAAGAGUGUUCCAUUACCAAAAUGGACCAAGAUCAGACCUGGCCUCUAAUCCAUUCAACACGGGAAGUUGGAUGAUGACAGAGUUUGUAGUCUUGGCUGUCCAAAUUGCUAUGGUUGUAUAUACAUUGGCAAUUUCCAAGGAGGAGAGGCCAGUUUGGCCAAUGAGGAUUUGGGUUUCGGGCUAUGCUUGUGGGUGCAUCCUCAGUCUGAUGCAACUCUGCUGCCGCUAUCGGGUGCUUCGUUUAACUCAAAAUCAAGGAGAAGGUUCAAACAUCUCUGAUGUUGAACAGCAGAGAAGCCAUGAUGACUCAAGAAGCUUGCACUGCAUGAACAAAUACCGGACUUUUCUUGAGCUAUUCUUUGCAAUAUGGUUCGUCAUGGGAAACGUAUGGGUCUUUGAUUCUCGUUUCGGAUCCUUUCGACAUGCUCCAAAGCUUCAUGUCCUCUGCAUCUCUCUACUCGCUUGGAACGCCAUCAGCUACUCCUUUCCCUUCAUUUUAUUCGUGUUGCUAUGUUGCUGCGUCCCGCUGCUGAGUACUCUCCUUGGAUACAAUAUGAAUAUGGGAUCAAUUGAUCGAGGGGCAACUGAUGAACAAUUAUCCAAGCUACCUAGCUGGAAAUACAAGGAAGUUGGCAACAACUUAGAGCUCGGAAAUUCAGCCCUGAACAAUGAAAAUCCAGAGUGUUGUAUUUGCUUGGCCAAGUAUAGAGACAGGGAAGAGAUGAGGCAAUUACCAUGCUCCCAUGUAUUUCAUCUGAAGUGCGUAGAUCACUGGCUCAGAAUAAUUUCUUGCUGUCCUCUUUGUAAGCAAGAAUUGGAGAGGUAAAAUAAAAAGGGGCAAGAGACGGGAGCAAUGAACACUCUGUCAAGUGUCAACAGCACAUUCCUCCUUUCUACAUAAUGUUUGUUCAUAAUACUAAGAACAAAGCAGAUGGUGAUUUUGCACGAGUUUUGUUCCCAUCACCACCACUAGACUGAGCAUCUUCUUCUUUAUGAUUGGCUGGUGCUCCUAUUUACUAAAGUUGCUCUUGGAGUGGAGAUUAACAGAAACCUGCUCUUGGAGUGGAAUCAAUUUAAAAGUUUGCUUUGUCCCUCUAAUUAAUACUGGGUAUAUGCUUCAUUUUGAUGCAUUCUACAGCUGACUCUAUUGGAUAUCUUGCAAGUAAGAAGGCCUCCACAGAGAGAAAAUUGUAAUAAUUCGUAUAGAAUAUUCGGUUGCACAGAUUUUAUACAAUGCAUUGACAUUUUUUUUCAACUUUGUUGCCCCCACA